AAUUUGGGCAUUUAUCGAGAAUGCUGUCACUACGAGAUACAAUCCAUCCGGUGAUCACAAAUCAAUUGGCAAAUCAUUGGUGGAGUAAUACCGUUUGGCUUGUUGGUUUUUCGUUUCGUGCAUUUAAAAUGGCGGACAUCACUGCUAUAAUUAGAAGAAAUCGAUCUGGGACAAAAACGACGGACUGGUGUAAUUGGCCAGAUGAGUCUUUCGAUGAAAUGGAUAGCACCCUAGCUGUGCAACAGUUCAUACAGCAGAGCAUCAGGAAGGAUUUCUCCAACAUAGAUGAAAUCCUUACACCACCAGAUGGCCAGGACGAGGGUGUGUGGAAAUAUGAACAUCUUAGACAAUUUUGUAUGGAGCUCAAUGAUCUGGCUGUCAAAUUACAGAAUGAUUGUAAUCCAGAGACAUGUACACAGAUGACUGCAACAGAACAAUGGAUCUUCCUUUGUGCAGCACAUAAAACUCCAAAAGAAUGCCCAGCUAUAGACUAUACUAGGCACACACUAGAUGGCGCUGCAUGCCUAUUAAACAGUAACAAAUAUUUUCCCAGUCGGGUCAGUAUUAAAGAAUCUUCAGUCGCCAAGCUCGGAUCUGUUUGUAGGAGAGUCUACAGAAUAUUUUCUCAUGCAUAUUUCCACCACAGACAACUAUUUGAUGAAUAUGAGAAUGAGACGAGCUUGUGUCGGAGGUUCACUGUGUUUGUGACCAAAUAUAACCUGAUGUCCAGAGACAAUCUUAUAGUCCCUAUAUUAGAGGACCAACAGGCAGAAGCGAAUGAGAGUGAAGCAUAGGGACAACAAUACAAAUAGUCAAUCAAUCUCUACUGUUGUCCUCAUACAAUAAAUCAUGAAACACAAAAUUUAAAUGGAGAGCUACUCUUGAGGGACUAAAUGGGAAUUUAAUCAUUUAGGCUAAUUAUAAUAGCUGAUAAAAUUCACUUUAUAUUGUAUAAUUGUAAAUUGUAACAUUGAACAAUAUAAGACUGAAUGUUCUAUACAUAGCAUAGCUGUAAAUAUAUACAUAUGAUAAAAUACAAAAAAACGACUAGGCUAUUUUUUUUUAUUGCUCUCCUGGGUACUAUAUUGUGAUCAGUUUUCCAGGCAGAUUUGACGCUUGAUGGGAUGAUCUUGCCUGUAAAGUUGACAUACCAAUUCUGGGCAAACCAAUUGACAGAUUGAUUUCAAAUUCUCAGGGAUGUUUCUUUGUUUGAAAAUCUAAAAUUGAGUUUUGGGCAUUCUGGGUUUAAGCUAGCCAUUUUGAUGAAUUUUCCAUCCUUAAAUCUUGCCUGUGAAGUCUUAAUUGUCUGCAAAUGAUUAUGCCAACCUCUUUGAUGGAUGACCUGAAAUUUUUAGUGAUGUGUCUUGGUAUAAAAGUAUAGAAAUGAUUAGAUUAGUUAUGGGUAAAUGUUAAGGAAUGUUUCCAAGUGAACUGUUUCACAUAUUGAUUUCA